UAACUGAAUGAUGGCCUGGCUCAAAUGGAUAACUAUUCUGCAAGUCUUCAUUAUUUUCAGUGCUAUUCAUCUCGCCGAAUUUCAAGAACUUUCCGAUGUGAUGAAGAAUAAGCUUUAUAAGUUUAUCUCCAAUGCUGGAUCUAUGAUCAAACAUGGAUCGUUAACCAUGCAGGGUCUUGAAGACGCUAUGACUAACAGUUUUAAAAUAAAAAAGGGCGCGGCUAAACUUCUUUUGGAUAAAUUUAACAGUCUUAGCUCAAAACCUCAAAAGGACUCACCACCAGCUUCCUCUUCAUCAUGUGCUAAGGGGGAUUUAAUGUGCGAAAUCAAAGGGGUGUUUGCCUCAGGAUCGACACAGCCACCAGUUUGAGUGUCUAGCCACUGUUAGUUAAUAAUGUUUUCUAAUUUACGCGAAUAAAGAGGAAAGCACAUUAGCAGA